AUGGUUUUCUCGAAAUUUGACAAUUUACCACCUGAAUUAAUUGUAGAAAUAAGUGAUUAUCUAGAUGCAUGCGAUCUGUAUCAUGCAUUUUAUGGAUUAAAUCAAUAUAUUACAACAAUACUUGAUCAACAAUGUUAUCGACUUCAUAUUAAUUUGAUUCAUAUCUCAAAGAUUAAAUUUGAUUUGUAUUGUAAUCAAAUUCUGCCAUAUAUUGGUGCUCAUGUUAUCUCUUUAACAUUGAAUGGAGAUAAUUCAUCAACACCUGGGCAGCUUAGACAUUUUUUGACACGUUUUAAUCCUCUUGCAAAAUAUUUUGUCAAACUUGAAUCAAUCAAAUUAUUGAACUCUACAAAAUCGGAUGUAGAAAAUCUUGUAACUCAUUUGUCUGGAUUAAUUCAUCUUAAAUAUUUAUCAAUUGGUGACUAUAAACGCUUGAUGCCAAUUAGUAUAAAUACAGAUGAUUUAUUUGAUGAAACUAUCGCGUUACCUAUAUCUUUACGUAGCUUAGCAUUUCCAUACAAAAUUUCAAAUAAAUGGAUUCAAUCAUUGAAUGUAACAUCAUUUAUAGAACAGUUACAUGUUCAUCUUAUUCAUAUAGAUUCAAUAUCUUUCUUUCUACAAACGUAUCCUAAUUUGAAACGUUUGACUGCUGUUCUAUCAGGUAUUACUGAAAAUAUUUUACAAUCUCCGAUUACAUUUCAUUCAUUGCAAUAUUUGAAUAUAAAUAUUACUCAAGAUGUAUUAUUCGAUCAUUUUGCUUCGUUUCUUCGAAAUAUUCCUCAACUUCGUUCAUUAUCAGUCGAAGCACUCAAUCCUGAUCUACCUUUUUUGGAUGCUCAUCAAUGGGAAAGAAUAUUACCAUCAAGUCUUUCUUUAUUUCGUUUUGGUUUCACCAUGACAUUACCUGAAAAUCCCGAUCAUAUUGAAUUAUUAAAACCUUUUAAAAGUCAAUUUUGGAUAUUACGUCAUUGGUUUGUUCAAUGUCGUUUACGUGAUCGUGGUCGAUUUUUUCGUUUAUCAACUAUUCAAUCACCUAUAAUUACUAUUCUUUAUUGGCCUGAUGAUGAAGUUUUAGUUGACUCAACAUCUAUAGCUGUAUAUCGCAAUGUCACUCACAUUGAUCUAUGGUGGAAUUUAUCGAAAUCUACCCAAUCAAUAUGUCCUAAUGUAAAUUCUAUUCAGUUAUAUGGUGCUAGUACUGAAGAAAAUGAACCUUUUCAUCCAAAUAUUUGUGAUCUUUUACAAUCUUCAUCACUUGAACAUAUUAUUAUUAAUAAUGAUAUACCAAUUACUCAGUUCAGAUUUGCAUCUGUUCUUAUAAAAUCAACAAAUAAUGUUGAUAAAUUGACAUGUUCUACUAACUGGCUACAUUUUAUGUUACAAUAUAAAAAAUACGAAUGGAUUUGUUUCCUAAUAACUAUACGUAUACGUAAACUGAUUCUUGUAGGUGAAGAAGCAACUCUAUCUCAUAACGAUUUAAUUGCAUUUAGUCGAACAUUUAUUAAUUUAGAAGAAAUUACAAUAAAGUUAGAUUCAUCAGAGGACAUGUUUUUUCUUUUGAAUAUUCUUCGACAAUUAACAAUGGCAAAUAUUGAACUACCUAAUAUUACGAUUAACAAUGUGACUGAUAUAACAAAAUGGAUUAAAGAAAAUACUAUACUUCGUGAUUUUAUUGUUCAAACACAAACAACUACAUUAGAUACUUGCAAAAUAAUUCUUUGGAUUGGUUCACGUGAGACUACAAAUUCGUUGACAUCAAAUGAGAAUUUAUAUUUAAAACAUUCAAUUAUCAAUAAAUACAUGUCUGAGAACUGA